AUGACACAGCCCAUAGAAGUCGAAUUCUAUCCAACUUUCAUGGUGAAUUUGAUCAAAAGCGGACAACUGUCAACGCAACAUCGACCAAUGGAACACCAUACAGGCCAUACGAUCCCAUUUCCAGCCGAACCAAGAAACCCAGUGAAACUAUCAAUCAACUAG